GCUGGUGGUGGUGGUGGUGCUGGUGGUGGUGGUGGUGCUGGUGGUGGUGCUGCUGGUGGUGGUGCUGGUGGUGGUGGUGCUGGUGGUGGUGGUUGUUGUGGUGGUGCUGGUGGUUGUUGUUGUGGUGCUGGUGGUUGUUGUGGUGGUUGUUGUGGUGGUGCUGCUGGUGGUGCUGCAGCUGCUGGUGCUGCUGGUGGUGGUGCUGGUGGUUGUUGUGGUGCUGGUGGUGGUGCUGCUGGUGGUGGUGCUGGUGGUUGUUGUGGUGCUGGUGGUGGUGCUGCUGGUGGUGCUGCAGCAGCUGCUGGUUGUGGUGGAGGUGCUGGUGGUGGUGGUUGUGGUUGGAGUCGUCCGAGUCGUUAAUGGAGUAAAGUUGGCCAGAUCAAGUUUGACGCUCGAUGCCUAAACAAUCGAUGGUUCCAAGUACCUCGCUCCUGGCUCCGAGGGGACCCUGAGGGACCCCGGGAACCCCGUUGACGGGCGGUGGAGGUGGUGGAGCCGAGAGGACGAUGCACAGCUCGCUGGAGUUUGAGACGGAGCCGGUGCGCAAGUCGCCCAUGAUUCACGGCAAGGAGCAGACACGAGCCUCCAUGAUGCAGAUGGCUUCCAUGGGCAGCCACUCUCCCAGCAGCCCGCUGUCCCCGCUGGCCGAGGUGGCAGGUGCCGCCCCCCCCCUGCUCGCCGUGCUGGAGCCAGGGGGGGACGCCGACCUCCCAGGGGGCCUCUCCCUCUUCCCCAGCCUUGACAGUGUGGCCGGCAUGGCUGCCUCACACGAGCACGCCGACGGGGACCCUCCUAAUGAUCCGCCCGAGAAGACCAACAUGACGUGGCUGGAUGCAGCACAGCUGGUGCUGGAAGAGGCCGGGAAGCCUCUGCACAUCAAGGAAAUCAAGCAGCGCGUGCUGGAGGCCGGCCUUGUGCAGUCCAGCUCAAAGUCAAGCCUGGAGGCAGUGAUGUAUCGAGAGACACAGAAGGGAAGUCGAAGGUUCAAGCGGAUCGAGAACAGGAACGGGGUCUUUGCGCUACUGACGCAAGCCGAGCGGCAGCAGCAGCUCCUGCACUGCUACUCCGCCACCGCCGCCACGAGCGCCGGCAGGGCCUUCGCCCUUCCCUCGCACCGCGCCUCGUCCCCCUCCGCGGCGCCGGCCCGCCUGGCCCAAGCCUCGCCGGCACCCAACCCCCGCGGGGCGCCGUCCCCAUCGGCCUCCGCGUCGGCGUGCGUGACUGGCGGCGCCGGCGCCGUGGCGGUCUCGUCGUCCUCUCCUCGCGUGGCGCUGUCUCCCGGCCGAGGCCUGGGCGGACCGCCCCCCCUGGGCGGCGCGCGGGCUCCGCCGGGGGGCGGCGGAGGUGGCGCGGGGCUGGGGGCCGGCGCGGCGGCGUCUCGGCGCAGCAAGGCGCGCCGGCUGGCGCGACGGAACGCCGUGAGCGAGCGCUACCGCAUCAAGUACCAGCGCCUACGCCGCCUCGUGCGCACCACCAUCUUCGAGAACGCGGCGCUGUGUGACGAACUGGCGCGGGUGGAGGGAUGCCUCGCUGGAGCCAAGGAGCAGAGAAGGGUGCUGCUGAAGCGCUUCCUGCAGUACCAGGCUCUGUAUGAGGGCACCGACCCCGCAGCCUCGGCCUCCCCCACUGGGGUCACGGUGGGGGGCCUCGGGGCAGCCCCCCCAUCCGCUCACUCGCCCCCCACGACCGCCGGGCUUCCCCCAAGCGUCGCUACGACGGCAGCCGUCGCCCCGGCGCUGGAUGACCCCCCCGCGAAGAAACCCAAGCGGGUGAAGAAGGAGCGGACGAAGGAGAGGGGCAGGGAGGAUGACGAGAAGGGCUCGAAGGGGAAGGCCUCGAAGCGGAGGAAGGGCGGCGAGGGCCCCACGCGCCGCCUCGUGCAGCCGAUCCCGCUCGACCAAAUGGGCCGGCCAAUCUUCCCCAUCGCGCUCGGAGACCUGACCAUCUACAGCCUCGGAGAGAUCGUCACAGACCGGCCGGGCUUUCACGACGAGAGCCACAUCUACCCCGUGGGCUUCUGCAGCACGCGGACGGCGGGCAGCCUGCGCCACUGUGAGCUCACCUGCCUCUACACCUGCCAGAUCAAGGACGGGGGCUUCGGGCCCCAGUUCGAGAUAGUGCCGGAGGACGACCCCCAAAACCCGAUCGUGGCGUCGUCGGCGUCGGCGUGCUACGCCAACCUGAUGAGAGCCACACUCGCCGCACGAGGGAAGUCCGUUCCUGCCGUGAGCUCCUCCGGGCCGGAGUUCUUUGGCUUCUCUCACCCGUCCGUGCAGCACCUCAUCCAGAGCUGCCCCGGCGCACGCAAGUGCAGCAGCUAUAAGUGGGUGCGGUUCGAGGUGUGUCGGGCGAGCCCGGGGGCUCGGAGCUCUGGAAGCAGCCGCCCGGCGGGGGGCAUGCGGACCUUGGGGGUCCCCCCCCCACAGGAGAGGGAGGAGGGGGAGAUCACCACUCCUGUGGGCGCAAGCAUGCGGCUUCACGUGAGUGCAGAGGACUCCAUCAGCAGCCUGCGCUCGCUGCUGGCCACGGCGGGACACAGCACGGCCCUGCUGUGUAUGACUCCCUCGAGCCAGCCCCCCCCCCCUCCCCCCAGCGCCACCCUCCCUCCUCCUCCCCUCGGGUCUUCGCUCCGGCCAAGCCCAGCGAGUGAGCGGUCACCACGACGAUGGUGAGUGGGUGACAUCAACGCCCGCCUCGUCUGGACCCUCCUCCUCCUCACCUUGAGACUGGGGACGCAUUUGCGUCAGAGGACUCGCUCACCCGGGAGACGCACUCACUCGCUGUCUCACCUGGGGGAGACGCACCCACUCGCUGUCUCACCUGGGGGAGACGCACACACUUGCUGUCUCACCUGGGGGAGACGCACACACUCGCUGUCUCACCUGGGGGAGACGCACACACUCGCUGUCUCACCUGGGGGAGACGCACACACUCGCUGUCUCACCUGGGGGAGACGCACCCACUCGCUGUCUCACCUGAGGGAGACGCACCCACUCGCUGUCUCACCUGAGGGAGACGCACCCACUCGCCCGUCUCAUUCGGAGGUGCACCUGGAGACGCCUCGCCCGGACACACGUCACCUGGGGGAGACUCGCCCACCCGCCUGUCACGUGUUGUCCAAGCCUCUUCAUCCGUCUCACCUGGGAGACCCACCGGGAAGAUCCACUCACCAGCUCCCUCUCCGCCUGCUACCUGGAGGACCCUCUCUCUGUACACCCCCCCUGACACCCUCAGCAUCUCAGGUUUCCAUCUUGAAAGUUCUACACCGAGUCCCUAUUACCCCCGUCCUGACAGCGCUCUGGACUCGUGCUGGUGAAUGGGGUGAGGGACGGACACCCUGUGCACGCCGCAUUGUCUUUUAUUGCUGCGUACCGUGGGAAGCCGGCGCAUGCACACGGCGCCGCUGCCGGGAGCGGAGCGGCGGCUGCGAUCUCAGUUCCAGACGAGGGCGAUGUUGCGCGGGCACCGGUGCUGUCGCGAUAUGAUCGUUCACGAUACCAAACUUCAUGACAUGACGAUUACAAUAAAAACAAUUUAGAACGUACGCAUUUCACAAAGUCAAAUCUCCAGUCGGGACCGAGAGGUGCGCAGCCAGGCUCGGGUUCCUCGUACGCCAGAGGAAACGGAGGACCCCAUCCUUCAUACGUCUCUGAAUAGUGGCGCAGGACGAGACGCUGGCGCAGCACGAGACGCUGGCGCAUGCGCGCAGUGGGGUGCCAGGACAGGGUCGUGGCUUGGGGGACGGCGAGCGAGCAGAGGCCACCGUGGCAGGCGGUUGACCUGAGGCCUGUGUUUCCCAUAGCUCUGUAAUGAUUACUAUGCUCAUGUACCCAGGAAUGCCUUGGGAGGAGGGUCCUGCCAUGUUGUUGAGUGGGGGCGAUGUUGCUAUUUAAACCCAUUUGAAGUUCAUUUUUCAGCAAUGGGAUGUUUGUCCAAUACGAGUUACAUUCCAAGUGUUUUAGUUUGUAUUUCAGUAUUGUAUUGUUUGUGCUUUGAUGUACUUUAAGUAUCCACAGAUUACUUUAAGGUUCACUUCACAUAAUCCUGCCACGAGUCUUACAAUCAUUGCGACUUUACAACUGAUCUGGUGAGCAUACAACGCACGUGCUACCAGUUGCAACAAAAUAGUGAAUGAACGAUGAAACUAACCACAUAGCUGCCUGCACUAACUUCAGGAGUUGAUUUGGAAAGCACUAAUUUAAUGGGUAACACCUAUCACGAUGUUACAAAAAUAUAUAAUCAGGAUAAUAUUUAUUUUUAAAGGAAAUAGUGGUAUUCACAUUGGAAUGAGGAUGCAGUUAUCGUGGAUCUUAUAUCGUACGAUGUGUCAAAGUAUCGCCACAUGGAAACCCGAGCAAGUAAGCAUACUUGUGUGCACAAAGCUAUGCAGCCAGCAACAAGCGGCACUAUCGAAGUUGUAAUCGGUGAAGUUAGCAUGUUUAUUGAAUUGAGCAAGAUUAUUAUAAUGGUCAAGAGCUUCAGAAAGAGACGAUGGCAGGAAAUUCCAAAGUGGAGCAGCGCAAGGCAAGAAGCGGCGAGAGAAGCGUGACCGGCGGUGCGGGGAGCGAGUUGCUGUCGGUGGCAGUGGGGUGGGUAGGUGAGCACAGUGCGUAGGGGAUUCAACAGCUCGCUAACAGCACUUGCCCCAAGUCUGUUGAAGGUGACACGGGGUGGGAGGGGGGUCUUGUCUCAGUGGCAGCGGUUUGUUGUGAGCUCGGAUAUAAAGUAAAAUAACAUGGUUACAUUCGGUUAUAAUAUCGAUUUUUUUUUUGUCAGGUGAAAAACACUUCAUUUUUUUUGUUCCUGGGUAAUAAGUUUUAUUUCCUAAUUGCUUAUGCCUCAAAAGUACAGAAAAUGGCUAUUCCCACAAACUUUGCUUUUGUGCCUAGGACAGUGAUAUUUUGAAAUGUACCUAUUUUCCAGAACAUUCCAGACAGAUUCAGUGCUGAGUAAACUUGAAGUAACUUCUAGAACAUUCUAGAACGUUCCAGUAAUAUAAAUAGUAUAAAUACAGGGGCCUUAAGCCCACCAGUUCAGUUUAGUUCCAGCUGCCUAAGUGGAUACAUGUCUGCAUUUUUCUGAUAUGGUAUCGAGGGGCUGCAAGCAUCCGGCAGACGCUUUUGGCUGUCUACGGACAAUUUAUCAAGACAAGAAUGAGAAAGUGCUCUGUGGAAGCAUCUGCUGAGAUGUGCAAGGCCUCCAAUGCAUAUUUCGGCAUGCCUGUCGGGGAUCAAGACAAACCCUGGUCACCU